AUGAUUGAAUGUAUUGAAUUCCUUGAAUUGCCAAUUGCUGGAUCGUGUACAACUUGUAUAAAUGAUGCUUCACCAGCAUCAAAUAAACAACCAUAUAAAUUUGGUGAAGGAAAGAAGAAUUUUUAUGUCCUACCUGAUUCAACUGAUUAUAAUCAAUAUGCAAGAUGUUCAGAAUGUUUUACACAAGCAUUACAAGCAAUAAUUUAA